GAUCAAAUUCGGGUCCAUCAAGCAAGGAGCUAAAAACAGCAAUCAAGGAGAGAACUUGAAUUCUCUUUCUAGGGGUUUAACAAAAAACGAAUGCUGGGCUACGAGCACUGACACAGUAGUUGCAAAUGGUUUCUCUAUCAACUUGGUUUCGAUACAUAGCUCACAAGUUCGAGUACUCCGUCUCCCUCAGCUGGAAGAGCUAUAAAAGAGGUCAAAUCAGUGACAGAGAAGUUGGUGAUGCAAUAUGGAAAAAUCUAUUUCAGGGGAGGUUGACUUAUUUACACUGGAAUAAAGGACAAGAGAUGACUCCAACAAUAGGAGAUCAAGGGGGAACACUUCUUGUUCGGAAAUUACCCGCUGCAGAUCCAACGCGUGUCUUUGUUGGAGAUGUAGUGGUUUUGAAGAAUCCUGAGAAUUCAGAUGGCUACCUAGUCAGAAGGUUGGCUGCAGUUGAAGGGUAUGAAAUGGCGUCUACUGAUGAGAAGGAUGAACCCUUUCUUCUUGAAAAGGAUCAGUGUUGGGUUUUGGCUGACAAUGAGAAGUUGAAGCCCAAGGAAGCAAAUGACAGUCGAAUAUUUGGUCCAGUUCCCAUGUCAGACAUAGUUGGCCGAGUCAUAUAUUGUCUGCGAACAGCUGUGGACCAUGGUCCUGUUCAGAACAGUAAUUUCAGCAUGAACAGUGAUCUGCCAGUGUUGGAAGUGGAACUGGAUGUGGAGGAGAUGGCAAAAAAUCAUAAAGCAUAGACCAUGCACGUCAAUAGCUCAAAAAGUGCAGCAACUGAGUGACCGGCUGAGAAGCAUGAAGGCGGCCAUAGUUCAAUUCUGAGUUUCGAGUUUAUUUAGCAUUUCAUAACUACAGGAUUGUCAUCUGAAAACUAGACCAGGAGAAUGAAGAUAAAUGGAAGCUUUGCACUGCUUUGUGGAUGUUGCGUCUAAUUGCCAUAUAUGAACUUUGUUAAGAUCUGAUUUUUAUACUUUUUUAACACCUGGGAAUGUUUUUCUCUUAUUUAUUUUUGGCUUUCAAAUAAAUUUCAGGCUUAUCUCGGCCAUGUCAUUUUUCA